AUGAGGGUUUCAGAGUGCGAUGUCACUUACCUCGUAUCCUGUAAGUUAUACCUGGACUAUUCUGUGUUGUGUUUUUUAUUCCCUCCCAUGCAUCUUCCUUCCCCACCCCCGUUGCCCUUUCCUGGAAGAAAAAAAAAAUGCAUGUCUUAUCCCUCUAUUUUAAUCCUGGUGUCACUUUUGAAUCGGUGGGAGGAGGGCAGUUUUGAGCCAGGAAGUGACAUCACUACUCGUUUCCCUAAAUCAAGGAACAUUUUGAAACCUUUCACACCUCUUACUCAGGGAUGGGGCUGGCGUGUGGUACACUGA